AUGACAAGUAACAUUGCUGAACAGCUAAACAACGCAUUGGUAGAGGGUAGGUCGUCCCCAAUAAUUGAGUUGGUGAUGUUCAUACAAGGGAUGAUGACAAGGUGGUUCAGUGCAAGACGUAAGAAGGCCAAUAAGCACCGGGGUCUGAUGACAAUAGAAGUCGAUAAAGUGAUGACAAAGACAAUGGCGCUGGUGAAGGGCAGCAAGGUGAACUCUAUUUCUAGCUGGAGCUGCCAAGUUGUUGGGAAGUUUGGUGGUUCUGAGAGUGUUCAGUUGGAGCAGAAGAAGUGUACUUGCAAGUACUUUGACAACAUGAAGAUACCAUGUGGGCAUGCCAUGAUUGCGGCCGACAACAUAGGGCUCGAAUAUGAGACAAUGGUUGGUCAUUGGUACAAGACGGUGGCGUGGAGGGAAACCUAUGCAGGUGUUAUUAGGCCAAUUGGCGACCCCAGGGACGAAUCUAUUCCGGAAGACGUGAGGGAUGCAAUGUUGAUGCCACCAUUGACUAAGAGGCCACCAGGGAGGCGUAGAACCAAACGAUUCCCCUCGACAGGGGAGAUGCCGGGUCCUAAGAAGAAGUCUGUGCCUAAUAAGUGCGGGAGGUGCAGGUAG